CCAGAACUAGGAUCCGUAUUCAACUAUGUCGCAGAAAGCACUCUUCCUCAAGUCCAAGCAGGGCGCGUUCGAGCUUGGGACCAGAGACAUUCCCAAGCCAGGCCACGGCGACGUCCUCGUCAAGUCGUACGCGGUAUCCUUGAACCCGAUCGACUGGAAGAUCCAGGCGUACGGCCUCUUCCUCAAGGACUCUGACUAUCCCGCGGUCCUUGGCCAAGGUACCGCUGGUGUCGUUGAAGAGGUCGGCGCAGGCGUCACGCAUGUGUCCAAGGGCGACAGAGUUUUCUCCCGAGGCGACAGGGGUAAAGGAGUCGACCAUUCCGGCUACCAGCAAUAUGUGAUUGCUGGAGCCAGCUUUGUCGCCAAGAUUCCCGAAUCCAUUUCCUUUGACGAAGCUGCGUCUAUCCCCACUGGUGCGGACACCGCCGCUGCUGGCCUCUUUGGACCAAAAGACGGCAACCUGGCAUUCCCCGACAAGCCGGACGCGUACAAGGGACAAACCAUCGUCGUUCUCGGCGGCUCUUCGUCCGUUGGUCUCUUCGUCAUCCAAGCUGCACGUCUCGCCGGAUUCUCCACCAUCAUCACAACCUCCUCCCUCACGCACGAGGGAUACCUGAAAUCACUCGGAGCCACGCACGUCAUCGACAGGCAUCUCUCGCCGGACCAGAUCGCUGCCCGCAUCAAGGCGACUACCUCCGACGCGGUCAAGAUCGUCUACGACGCCAUCUCCGAGGCAGACACCCAGAAGACCGCGUGGGCUGUGCUCGCGCCAGGCGGCCACCUGGUGCUCACCCUCCCGUCCACGAUUCAGCCUGAAGCAGGCGAGACGCGUACGAUCAAGCAGGUCUUCGGAAGCCCAUAUCUCGCGGAUAACAACGAAGUUGGCAAGAAGUGGUGGGCUAAGCUGCCCGAGUGGCUCAGCGAAGGGAAGAUCAAGCCUAACAAGGUCGAGGUGGUCUCUGGAGGCCUUGGCGGUACGGCCGCAGGCCUCGAGCGUCUGAAGGCCAACAAGGUCAGCGGCGUUAAGCUAAUCGUCCGUCCCUUCGAAGGGGCUUGAUUGGGGAUGAAGCGGUAUUUGAAGUUAUCGUCUACGAGGAAAGUGGAAAAAGAGGUCUGUUUGUCAAUGUAGGAUACGUAAUUUAGCAGCGAUUUGCCCACGAUGAAUAACGAGAGUCACCAAUUCCG